AUGGAUCUCGAACAAAGAAUCAAAGCUUACCGCUUCGUCGCCUACUCGGCCGUCGCCUUCUCCGUCGUCGCCGUCAUUUCGGUGUGCGUCACCCUUCCAAUGGUGUACAACUAUGUCCACCAUGUGAAGAGAACCAUGCACUCUGAGAUCAACUUCUGCAAGGGAUCUGCCAAGGAUAUCUGGUCCGAGGUCAACCAACUUAAGAACAUCCCAUCUGGAAACCGUACCGCCCGUCAAGCUGGAUAUGAUGCUGGAGUCACCGGAGGAGCCGCCUCUGCCGGAGGAUGCGACGCUUGUUGCCUGCCAGGAGCCGCUGGACCAGCCGGAACCCCAGGAAAGCCAGGACGCCCAGGAAAGCCAGGAGCACCAGGACUCCCAGGAAACCCAGGACGCCCACCACAGCAACCAUGUGAGCCAAUCACUCCACCACCAUGCAAGCCAUGCCCAGCGGGACCAGCUGGACCACCAGGACCACCAGGACCAGCCGGAGACGCCGGAUCCAACGGAAACCCAGGAGCCCCAGGACAAGACGGACAGCCAGGAGCCCCAGGAAACAAGGGACCAUCUGGACCAAACGGAAACCCAGGAGCCCCAGGAGCCCCAGGACAGCCAGGACAAGACGCUCCAUCUGAGCCAAUCACCCCAGGAGCACCAGGACCAGCUGGACCACAAGGACCACAAGGACCACCAGGAGCUCCAGGACAGCCAGGACACGAUGGACAACCAGGAGCCCCAGGACCAAAGGGACCAAACGGAAACCCAGGAGCCCCAGGAGCCGACGGAAACCCAGGAGCCCCAGGACAAGCUGGAACUCCAGGAGGUGCCGGAGAGAAGGGAAUCUGUCCAAAGUACUGCGCUAUCGAUGGAGGAGUCUUCUUCGAAGACGGAACCCGCCGUUAA